AAGCAAGAAUUUAAAUGGCGGGCACCUGUGAUUGUUGUGUAUCAGAAGAAGUUAUGAAAUUUAAUUCUACAGUGCGUGAUGAAUGUAUAAAAACGUAAUUAUUUCACUCACACCUGAAUAAACAAAGUUCUCGUGAUUAUUUUUAACUGAAACAAAAUAGUCGAUGCAACAGCGGUAUGCCUCCGCUGUCGGGAGGAUUUGGUGAACAAAUAGAGGAUUAUGAAGUGUUGAACGUACUAGGAAAAGGAGGCUUUGCCAGCGUCUACAGGGCAAAAUGCCUUCGAAGUGGAAUGGAGGUCGCGAUAAAAAUGAUCGACAAGAAGUUGAUGCAGGCUGCAAAUAUGGUAGGAAGAGUUCGUCAGGAGGUGGCGAUACACUCCAGAUUAAAACACCCAGCUGUCUUAGAAUUAUAUACCUUCUUCGAAGAUGCGAACUAUGUUUAUUUGGUACUUGAGUUAUGUCACAAUGGUGAACUACAACGAUUUCUCAAAUCACAGAGCUCUCGCGCUCUUCCGGAGGAGCAUGCCAGUCGUAUUUUAAACCAGGUUGUCCAAGGCCUUCUAUAUUUACAUUCACAUCAGAUACUUCAUAGAGACAUGUCCCUGUCGAAUCUACUUUUGACAAGAGAUAUGCAGGUGAAAAUAGCAGAUUUUGGAUUAGCGACACAAUUAACACGUCCAGAUGAAAAGCAUCUAACCAUGUGUGGAACACCCAAUUACAUUUCUCCAGAGGUUGCCACGCGAUCAUCCCAUGGCCUGGAGGCAGAUGUAUGGGGUCUGGGUUGUAUGCUUUACACUCUGUUGGUGGGAAAACCUCCCUUCGAUACGGAUGCUGUGAAGAGUACAUUGACACGUGUUGUAAUGGCUGACUAUGUGUUCCCAACAACUUUAUCUGAAAAUGCUAAGGACUUAAUAAAUCGUCUCCUAAAAAAAAAUCCAAGAGACAGAAUUCGGCUAAGGGAUAUACUUCAGCAUCCCUUUCUCGCUUUACGUGAUAGAAAUCAUAUUACGAAGGAUAAAGCGAGCAUGCCCCGAGGAUUGUCUGGAGUUGAAGGUGGGGAUUCCGGAGUAGGCCGAACAAUGUCUUCCUGCAGUCAUCCCCGUCUACGAUCCAGGUCUGAAGAAAGGCUACCAAAUUUUCCUGCCGGUCUAGGACCGUGUCCAACCCCAACACCUACUGCAAGAAGCGAGCCCUAUUAUGAUUACAUAACUGACAUUCAGCCAUCUUAUCAAGCAAAGCCAAAUAAUUACUCUCAAAACAAUAAUUCAGUGUUAACCGGAAUACCUCAGCCUCCACGAAGCAGGAUGUUCUCAAUGUCUGAGCAACAAAGUAAUUAUGACAUACAGUGGGGAGAAGAUAAUCAGAAAGUCGACAAACAGCAUAGAAAAAACAGAGAGAGAAAACAAACCGAGGGAGAAGACGAAGGCAGUAACAAACUCUCUGUAUCGCCAUUGAAUUCGAUAAGGCUGCAGGCAACUAGGCAUAGAACGAAGAACGCUGUUCUAACGAUAUUGGAGAAUGGAGAAGUGUGCAUUGAAUUUAUCAAACGACGGAAUGGAAAGGAAAAGGUGAGUGAAGUUUGUCGUAUAUCUGGGGACGGAUUACGUAUAGUUCUUUAUAAAGCUGGUGAAGGAACAAGCGUGGGUAACGAGCCUCCACCAUUGCCAUUUCGUGGUGCGGACAGUAUUCAUUCAUAUGAAACUCUGCCCCAACGUCACCAUCGAAAAUACGUCUAUGCAGCUCGAUUCGUACGGCUGGUCCGAGCCAAGACGCCAAAAUUAACCCUAUACACACCAAGGGCGAAAUGUUUGUUUAUGGAAAAUGGUCCUCAUCCAGACUUUGAACUACAUUUUUAUAACGGAGCAAAGAUAACUCGGACCGAAGGUGCGGUAAAAAUAAUCGAAGAGCCUGGUGGGCCUAUUUAUUCCGAGGAGGACUUGCCCCAUAGAUUGGAAGAGCUUUACGAACAUUACUCACAAUCGUAUCAACGCUGUUUGCUCUUGGAAUCCACACUGGCUUCUCUGGAGACAGCCACUGGUCAUUCUUGCUUUCCAGCAAUAAUUGGACGAAGGCCAGCUACAGCCUCAAAUGACGCACUCUGCUUAAGAGGGAAAGAAAAUAUAUCACAAACAGCAACGACCACACCUAUAAUGCCAUCAUUCAAUGCGAGCUGUUCAGUUGUUUCAACCGUGGCAUCUCGUUCACGGAGGUCAAAUUCUGUCUGCGUGUCCACCAAUAUUACCAACAACAAAAUAUCAAUACCAGGAAUUGGUGUAGCCACCCAAUUGUCCUCUGGUGAUGUUAGAGUUGACUAUAGUGAUGGAUCGACGCUAACGGUGAGUCCACAAAGUAUGGGAGGCGGGCUGACUUACGAAAGUUGUAGUGGCACUGUGACAAAGUACAAUCAAAAUUAUCAGCAAAAUUCAGAGGUGCCUUCUGCCAUUAGGGAUAAGCUAAGGCAUCUACCCACCAUCAUCAAACAUCUCAUGCAACCGAAGCAUCGAAAUAUACGCUAAAUAGCUCAUGGAAUUUAAGUCUGCAUACAUCAAUUCCGUUAUUUUUAAUAAAUGAAUUAACGUAAAUAGAUAUAUUUAGAUAGAUUAUAUAAGUAUAUACAAUUAUGUAACAUUGUCUUGCGAAAUAAAGAUAUGUAUUUUGAUAUUA